AUGGGUGGCUGUCUUUCGUGUCUGGCCAGAAGCCCAACCCCAAGUCAGACCCAGGUCAAAGAUGUCGGACAGACCUCCACGAAUACGCAAACCUCACAAUCCAUUGGUGGGGCAUCGCAGACAGCAUCCUCCUCAGGAACAGACGAGUUCUGCAGAACCCUACGGAGAGACCUCGACAAGGUCGCGUCCGUAACCUCGAUGCAAGCGCCUCGCGUCACACUGCAAGAUCCGCCCUCGAACGAACCCACAUCCCUCCGAGACAGUCUUGAGAGUGUCAACCUUGAUCCUCUGGCACCUACUGGUGCACGCCAACAACCUCCGAACUCCCAAGCUUCAUUGGCUUCAACUCCCAGCCUGCCCGAGACGGUCAUUGUCCAUCAGACGCCCGACCGAACACAUUUACAACAGAACGAUUCUUCACCCUCGGAGUCUAAUUCUAAUUGGUACUUGAGGUCGUCAAGUCCUCUCCUGGGGCGACAUGAGCCACAAGAACAUCCUUCAGAAAGUGCUGGCGCGGCAUCGUCCUUGGAUGACCUGUCGAGAAGACGGAGACUGAGCUCGCUAGCACGUGAGUCGUCAGAGACACGCGCGCCCAGCACAGACAGACCAGCUCCUUCUUCACCGGGAUCUUCGAGAAUAUCGGAGGAUCCGCCAGGAAUCUGGUUAAGGAAGAGGACGCGUAAUGCUUCUAGCGUACCAGCCUCUUCUGCCUCAACAGUGACGGCAGACAGGCCACCGAGAAUUGAGCUGACCAACGGUAUACGCAAUGCAACACUGCCACCAAACGAGGACGUUCCGACUUUGGUUCCUGAGACUGACGGGUCCGAGGACAACACAGCGCCUGAGCUACCUUGGGACUCGUCGAGGUAUCCCAAAGGGAAAAUAAGGACCAUGGAAGACAUUCUCGCGAGCCGUAGGCAGUCGGCCACGACAGAUGAUCAGGCCCAUGCCGGCCCUUCGCAACCUCGAGCACAGCCGGAACCAAACACGGACGAGAAGCUGAGGAAAAAGGGUUUCAUGCUGCCAACCCCGCCAGGCGAAGACGAGACGGACACUGAGGAACCCGAGGAUCCUGGUGCGGACUUGGCGUGGAUCAAUGUCUACUACAGGACUGCCGGCUAUCGUACGACUGCGCAAAGGGAGGGCCAGGAGGGGCCUGAGGCUGGCGGGCCUGAGACUGGCGGGCCUGAGACCGUCGGGCAGGAGACUGGUGGGCCUGAGACUGGUGGGCCUGAACCUAGUGGGCCUGAGACUAGUGAGCAUGAGACGGGCGAGCAUGAAACUGGUAAUCAUGAAACUGGCGGGCAUGAGGCCAGUGGUGAGGGCAAGAAUGACAAGGGCAAGGGUAGAGCAAACGAUGAUGGUCCAGCUUGA